CGAAGGUUCACGCUAUUCUGCUUAUACGAACAGUAACUUGAGGCUGUUACUGUACAUUUAUCUUUGUUUGGCUGUAGUGAUCUUAGCCAAGUCACAGGCAGUAUGGAACCAAGGUGUUCCCGACGCUACAGGCCAGUUUAACUUCUUGGCCUCCUUAAUCAGCUCGCAAGAACCUCUUCAGCAGAAACUUGCCGACACCAUCCGCGAUUUUAGCACCGUGAACUGGACUGAUAUCUCCAUACCUGCCCAACCCACCGCCAACAUCAGCCAGCAGUGUCAGAGGGAUGUUGCUCAGUACAACGCAGACCUGUCCCAAGGAAAGAUGUACGCCCUGCAGAUGCUGGACGCAGGAGGAAAACCCCCAAGCGGAAUCUUGGGCGGAAACCUGGUCUGGACCGGUAGCUACUCGCAGUGCGUGAACAUCACGAGGAAAGGCUUCAACAUCACCUUCGAUGGGAAGUUCUACAUGGCUACGCUGGUACCAGUGGUCGGCGGCGGAAUAGCCGGGGUGACUAAGUUAACGAUCGGCGUUUGUGUGCCCAGCUCCUGUAAUCAACAUGACGUCAACCAAACAUUGGACGGCAGUAUCUACUGGCGUUUCUUUGUACAGCAGGGAAUACUGCAAGUGACGUCAGCCUAUUCACAGGAGUCCCCACCAAUCCAGAAUGUCACUAUCGCGGCGAUCUGUAUCUGCAGUGUCCUCCUUCUCCUCAUAGCGAUCGGAACCGUCUAUGACGUCAUCAUCCACCAGCCCCGACUGAUGGCCAUAAAAAGCCAAAAGGAGAGUGAAGCACAAGGAUCUGACGUCACUGCGAAUUUACCUGACGAAAGGACACUGCUGGUGAACCGACUUCCACGCAAGGAAACCCACGCAACCAAAGAAGGUAUGACCGGCCGUAUCCUCCUGUGCUUCUCCCUCUACACCAACAUCGGGAAGGUCCUCAGCACCAAACAGGCGCCCGGCAGCAUCAGGUGUCUGCACGGCAUCCGCUUCAUCAGUAUGACCUGGGUCAUCCUGGGGCACACCUAUGGUGCAGCUCAACCGCACUUCGACAACUCGCUGCAAGUCUCGGAGGCCUUGCAGACAUUUACAAUUCAAGCCAUCAGUAAUGCUUUCGUUGCUGUGGACUCCUUCUUCUUUCUCAGUGGACUCCUGAUGUCAUACCUUCUAAUCAAGCAGAUGGAGAAGAACAGAGAAAAGGGAAAAUCAGUUCCAUAUGGGAUGGUGUAUUUCCACAGAUAUUGGAGGUUGACACCUACAUACAUGUUCGCCAUGAUGCUGUGGAUGUGGGUACUUCCCUACAUGUUUUCUGGUCCAUUCUGGCCGCAACCUCCUGACGGGCUAGAUCCAAACUGUGGUGACAACUGGUGGACUAACCUACUAUAUGUCAACAACUUUGUCAACAUUGACAGGAUGUGCAUGAGCUGGACCUGGUACUUGGCCAAUGAUAUGCAGUUCUUCGUCAUCGGAGUUCCUCUUGUCUACAUACUGUACAGAUGGCAGAUAUUGGGGAUUGUUAUGCAGCUGGUUCUUCUGUUGGCAAGCUUCAUCACUACUGCAGUGCUCAGUUGGCAAUAUGACAUGACAGCACCCGAAGGAGACGUUACUAAGUACUACGAAAAGCCGUACUGUCGUAUCGGGCCGUACUUGGUGGGAGUAGCUGUUGGCUGGCUGCUGAUCAAGAUAAAACCGAAACAGACAAAGAGUAUGACCAUGAGCCUGCUGAUGACUAUUGGUUGGCUCGUUGCUGCUGCCUUUGCCUUGGCUGUGUUGUAUUCAACUUACGGCCAGUACCACGGCACUACUCUCCAGACGGAAGCCGAGAACGUUCUGUACCUGACUGUCCACCGUACCGUCUGGGCCAUGGCGCUUGGCUGGGUGGUUGUCGCAUGUCAUCAUGGAUACGGAGGAGUGGUGGACAUCAUCCUUUCCUGGGAUGCCUGGGUGCCCCUGAGCCGACUGACCUACUGUGCCUACCUCAUACAUAUUCUGCUGUUGACAGCAGUAAACUUGACCUUAGAGGUGCCCAUCCACUACACCACAUUCACUAUGAUCUACUUCUUUUUGGGACACGUGACUCUAUCCUACGGUUUGGCCUUCCUGUUGUCUGUGGCAGUGGAAGUACCAUUGAUGGGAGUGGAGACAAUCAUCUUCAACAAAUAAGACAGAACAUCUGAGAUAUAUUACACGAAAGCAACCUUUUCAUAACGAAGGGCAGGCGACCUAUUCCUUAUCAUCUUUCAUAUUUCUGAUGGUGUGAUUAUACUUAGCAAGCAUCAGAAAUUUAAAUGAACUUUAGAUUUGUAUGCAGUGAGGAUUUAGCACAAUAGUGAUUAUGAAAUUUGGAAUGUUUGUUUUUCUUCAGCAGCUUCUGUGAAAAAUAAUAGUGUAGGAAAGUAUGACGAAUAAUUACAAGCGAUUUGCCUUUGAGAAGAAACUGGAAUCUGUAGAACAAAUUCACAAAAGCAUUUAGCGUUUGCAUUCUUCAAUUUUCACAAGGUUCAGAAUACUAUGGAAAACUUUACAUGUAUCCAUUACAGUUCCAAACCAUAAACUAAUGGACUAUAACUUACGUUUAUUACUUGCAAUGAAAAGAAUUCACAUCUGUCUACAUAUUAUGUCUUAAAUAUGACACUACUAUUAGUAGAUGUGUUUUACGGAAUUUCUCAUAAUCUAUGCAAAUUAUUACAACAUUUGCAUGAUCUGUAACCAUUACUAUGCCUGUGUGUUUAUAUCUAUGCUCUGAUCGGUUGAUGACAGAAAGGAAAGAACAGGCAAAUGAAAACAGUAUCUUUUCCAUCGGAACAUUAUUCCACAAAUGUGAUCACCUCACUCUGAAUUCCGGGGAGGAACUAACGUUCCCUACAAAUUACGGGACAGUCUAGAGAGAUGACAAGAGAUUCAAACGCCUAUAACUGGUACAUUAAAAUAUCAGAUGAUAUUUCAACCAAAGAAAAGUAAACUGAGGGGAACUACAUAUACAUGGAAGUCAAAGUGUUGUUUAGUGUAAGAUAUACAUGCUUUUUAUCUGCUUAGCGGCAGACGUACUUAGUGUUGUUUGAAACAUGAAUAUGCUGCAUUUGAAGACACAUAUGUGAGUGGAAAGCCCUGAUUUUAUCUAAUCGCAUUAGCAACAGAAACAGACGUGAAGUCACAGCAAAGUCAAACAUAUAAACUUUAAUGUCUUACAUCCAGCAUAAUUUUCAGUAAUAAAAUCUAUAGGUGCAAUAUGUACACGUAUCAGCACUGUGAUAGCGGUGACAAUGUAUUAAUUGAUAUUACUUAUACCAAGAGAUGUGAUGUGCCAUAUCACUUAAUAAAUUUGUAUCCACA